GUCUGACCUCGUUCAGCGGCAGCGGCGGCGGCGGCCAUGACCUCGGCCACGCCCCCGUCCUCUGAGGGCUCCUCCCCUCAGAAGGUCUGCCACUCCCAGACGCAGACGGACAUCACCAAGCCGCUGCUGGGCCCCGCGGGAGGCCCCGGAGGCGCCGGUGCGGGAGGCGGAGCCAAGGAUGCCCUGGGGCCCAACGCCCUGCGCAGGAGGCGCCGCGUCCUCUCCAAAGAUGGGCGCAGCAACGUGCGCAUCGAGCACGUGAGCGGCCUCGGGGCGCUGUACCUCCGCGACCUCUGGACCACCUUCCUGGACAUGCAGUGGCGCUACAAGUUCUUCCUCUUCUCCGCCACCUUCGCCGGGACCUGGUUCCUGUUCGGGGUGCUCUGGUACCUGGUGGCCUUGGUGCACGGAGACCUGCUCGAGUUUGACCCCCCCUCCAACCACACGCCCUGCGUGAUGGAGGUGAAGACCCUGACGGGGGCCUUCCUCUUCUCCCUGGAGUCCCAGACCACCAUCGGCUACGGCUUCCGCUGCAUCACCGAGGAGUGUCCCGUCGCCAUCGUCCUCCUCAUCUUCCAGUUGGUCAUCACCAUGGUGAUGGAGAUCUUCAUCACCGGCACCUUCCUCGCUAAGGUUGCGCGUCCGAAGAAGAGAGGCGAGACGGUGAAGUUCAGCCAACACGCCGUGGUGUCGAGCCUGGAGGGCCGGCCGUGCCUCAUGAUCCGGGUGGCCAACAUGAGGAAGAGUCUGCUGCUGGGAUGCCAGGUGACGGGGAAGCUGCUUCAGACGUCUCUGACCAAGGAGGGCGAGACGGUGCGGCUGGACCAGCGCAACGUCCCGUUCCAGGUGGACACGUCCAGCGACAGCCCCUUCCUCAUCAUCCCGCUGACCUUCUACCACAUCAUCGACGACCACAGCCCCCUGCGGGCCUGGGCAGCCAAAGGCGGCGGCUGGACCGACCCAGACCUGGCGGACUUCGAGCUGCUGGUGAUCAUGAGCGCCACCGUGGAGCCCACCUCCGCCACCUGCCAGGUCCGAACGUCCUACCUGCCGGACGAGAUCCUGUGGGGCUACGAGUUCCCCCCCGUCGUCUCCCUGUCCCCCUCGGGGAAGUACGUGGCCGACUUCGCCUUUUUUGACAAAGUGGCCAAAACCAAAAACCCCCCCGUCUUCAGGGCCGGCUCGCCCUCGUCCCAGCCGUCACACCUACGCAGGAGCAAGGAGGACGGGACGGACGCCGAAAAGAUGAGACUGGAGGAGAGCUACAGGGGGGAGGAGAGGGGGCGGGAGAAGGGACGCAUCCGAGACAGCAGUCCGCUGAGCGUACGCAUCAGCAAUGUGUGAUGGGGGAGACAGGGACAGGAAGAGGUGAUUUAGAGCUGAUACAAACCGACAUAAGGUGGAGACAGGAAGACAAACAGGAAAAAGCUGCUCAAGAAGACACUUUCACA